ACUUCCGGUCCUGUCGUACCACGUGACCCGCACACACGGAACCGUUGUCGCGCAGAAACUGGGCCGAGCGACGUUCUGGUUCUCCUCCUCCGCGGCUCGUUAGCUGGAUCCAGGCCGCAGAAACUUCGCGGAGCUUCGGACGGACGCGGCCGGACCGUGCGGUUCGGUCCCCGGAGGACAUGAUGGGGUUGAAGGGUUCGGGUCUGCGGAGUCUGCUCAUCUGCGUCACUCUGUGGACCGGGCCGAGCUCCGCUCUGUUCGGCCACGCGAACCGGAGACCCAACAUCGUCCUGGUGCUGACGGAUGACCUGGACGUCCUGAUCGGGGGGCUGAAUCCUCUGAGCAAAACCAAAAAGCUGAUCGGUGAUGCCGGGAUGACCUUCACAAACGCAUUUGUGGCCAGCCCGCUGUGCUGCCCGAGUCGAGCGAGCAUCCUGACGGGGAAGUACCCGCACAACCACCACGUGGUCAACAACACGCUGGAGGGAAACUGCAGCAGCCGAGCCUGGCAGAAGAGCGAGGAGCCGCACGCUUUCCCCGCCCUGCUGAAGGCCUAUGGAGGAUACCAGACCUUCUUCGCCGGGAAAUACCUCAACCAGUACGGACGGGCUGACGCUGGUGGGGUGGAGCACGUCCCUCCCGGAUGGAGCUACUGGUUCGCCUUGGAGAGGAACUCUAAAUACUACAACUACACCAUGUCUGUGAACGGGAAGCCUCAGAAACACGGAGCAGACUACAGCAGAGACUACCUGACAGACGUGUUGGCAAACGUGUCUCUGGACUUCCUGCAGUACAAAUCCAGCUACCAGCCCUUCUUCAUGAUGGUGUCCACGCCGGCCCCCCACUCCCCCUGGACCGCAGCUCCUCAGUACCAGGACCGCUUUAACACCACCAAGGCUCCCCGGGACCCCAACUUCAACAUCCACGGAGCGAACAAACACUGGCUGAUCCGGCAGGCCAAGACUCCCAUGACCAACUCCUCCGUUCAGUUCCUGGACGAGGCCUUCAGGAAAAGGUGGCAGACUUUACUCUCAGUGGACGACCUGGUGGAGAAAAUAGUGAAAAAGCUGGAGGUACGUGGAGAACUGGACAACACCUACAUCUUCUUUACCUCCGAUAAUGGCUACCACACAGGUCAGUUCUCCCUGCCGCUGGAUAAGAGACAACUCUACGAGUUUGACAUCAAAGUUCCCCUCAUGGUUCGAGGACCAAACAUCAAACCCAACCAGACCAGUCAGAUGCUGGUGGCGAACAUCGACCUCGGCCCGACCAUCCUGGACAUCGCCGGCUACAACGUCAACAAGACUCAAAUGGACGGCAUGUCCUUCCUGCCCAUCAUGGAGGGGAGGCUGAACUCCAGCGGCUGGAGGAGCGACAUCCUGGUGGAGUACGAGGGGGAGGGCAGCGAGGUGUCCGACCCCGCCUGCCCGCUGCUCGGCCCGGGGGUGUCGGAGUGUUUUCCUGACUGCGUGUGCGAGGAUUCCUACAACAACACAUACGCGUGCGUGCGCACCGUCGCCCCCUCUGCCGACCUGCAGUACUGCGAGUUUGACGACAACGAGGUUUUUGUAGAAGUCUACAACGUGACUGCCGACCCCUACCAGCUGACCAACAUCGCUAAAACCAUCGACCAGGAAGUGCUGGAGAAGAUGAACCACCGGCUGAUGAUGCUGCAGUCCUGCUCCGGACAGACUUGCCGAACGCCCGGCGUGUACGACCCAAGGUACAAGUUUGACCCCCGACAGCUGUUCCCCCCCCACAGCUGGAGGCCGAGCAGACUCAGUCAGAGGAUGAAAUGAGGAGGAGCGAAGAUGCUGCUCCAGAUCGCUGUGGGAGGGGCCUCGAAACAUUUCGCAGCGCCAGCCGCUUUGAGACGUAGGGAUCAGGCUGGGGGAGGGGCUGACUGUGGAGCUGACUUCCUGUUUGGGUCUCGUUUAGGAAGCUUGUGAGAGGAAGUGAGAUCUUUAAAGGUGGAUUUUACCGACGUAUCAUCUCCUCAUCGACGUAUCUCCUCCUGCUCAUCCUUCAUGGAAGCUCAGCUAAGCUUCUUCAAAUCCCAAAAAUAACCGUUGAGACUAUUUUAUUUCCUUAAAAUUCAGAUUUGAGUAAAAGUGAAGAAAUUAGAUUAAUCCUAAAUUGGUAAUCCCUAAAAAACAGAAUCAUCUGAUCUCAGAAGUUAAAGCCAAAUUUCCAUCAAAAUCAGUCAGUUUCUAGUGUCAUGUAUGGGGUAAGAUUACGGUCAAAAUGAACACAUUUACAAAAAUUUGGAUUAAAUACAACUUUUCUCUGUUUUCAAUAAGAAAUUACAUUACAGACAUAUAUAUAAAGUCAUGAUACAUUAAUUCAGAAAAAGUGCAAAUGCACACAGAGGUUCUUUUUUUUUAACCCUUUAACACCUGAGAUGUCGCUGGCGACGCCAAAAUAACAAAUAUUCUUUAACGUACCGUAACUUUUACACUGUUAACACGAUCGACACAAUUCCUGCAGAUUCUGAAAUGGAGAAAAGCGUCAUGUCAAACAAAACCAAAUGUUUUUAUAUUUCCAAAAGUGCGCACAACUCCGUCUAUGAGCCUACGCUUCAUUCCGACAGUAAUCUGACCCCGUACUAAAUCUUUCUCAUCUUUCCAACGUCAUGGUCAUGUGUUUGCACUAGGGCUGGGCAAUAUGGAAUUUUUAUAUCACGAUAUAAUUUUUUUUUCAUAUUAGGCGAUAACGAUAUAAAUCACGAUAUAAAUCAAAUAACUAUACUUGUCAAAUUCAAACGCGCUGCAGCUCAAAAUUCAAGUUUUACAGAGUAAACAUAAAAUUAUAACACUAUUUUACACAGAAAUACACAGAAUUUUUUUUUAAUGAUUGUCCUACGAAAUAAUUUUGUUGUAUUGUCUUAAAGUCCGGUCAGUGAAAAUAUUGUCCGACUUUAAGUAGGUGCGUCACCACAUCAAGGAACCGCUUGCUAGCAUUAGCAUCAUGCUAACGCUAACAAGCUGUCACCAUAUCAACACUUUUGAUUAAACUUUCUGUUGCUGCUACAAGUCCAGCCGGUUUGUCUUCCAGUUCUGACUUAAUCUAGCGAAAAAUCAACAAAAAUUUGUUGUUGGACCCUUCAAAGUAAAAGUCUAUCGUGAUAUAUAUUGUUAUCGUUUUAUCCCCCAGCCCUGAUAUGGACAUGUUUGAUGGGAAACGGCUGAAGAUGCUGUUGCUAACCCAAAGUCGGUGCUGAUGAAAGAGGCUUUAAUGAUCGGCUACUUCCUGUUUCCUGACACCAAUCCUGCAAAAACAAACGUUCAUGCUAAGACAGGAAAACAGGAAGAUUUUAAAAUUACUCGAACAACCAUUUAAAAUGAAACAAAUAAUCACAUUUCAACAGUUUUUCCUGAAUUAUAAUUUUUAUUCAUUAAACUUAAAAAUCAGAACUUUCCUCUCACUGAAUCAUUAAUCAUCCUAAUGGAUGUAAAGCCUCAAAUUUCAGGCUAACUCAGAUCAUUAUUGAAUCCAAACAAAGUACUAACAUUUCAUUUUUACUUGUUUAAAUUCAAACUUGAGAGUUUUUUGGGUGAUUUGUAGACAAAGCAGGUUGUGCCAAAAGUUUUCAAAGCUCCUUUGAUUCAUUCAUCGAUGUUCUGUCUGAGAUUUCCCUCUAAAUAUGAAGAAAUCAAAUCCAGAGUAGAUUUAGAGAAACAUAUCUGUCCUAAUCUUCCUUAACGGGUGUUUUAUUUUAUUAACACAGAUUGGUUUAUCUAUUGAGGGAGAUUUGAGUUUAACAGCUGCUGUAAACACAUUCUUGUUUUCAUUUCAGUAAGAAAUAAUCAUUCACAGAGGAAAAAAGUAUAUAUGUUUGCUGGAUAAUUCCUCUUCUUGGAUGUUUGAUGUCCUCAGCAGACACACCUAACUUCUCACCUGAAACCACAACGGAACCGCCGCUCGAUCCACUUCCUGUCGAUCGUUUUGUUCCGACUCACUGAUGCACUUUUCAUUCUGUCAGAGCGCUUUUGAUUUUGGCACUUUGACUUUGUUAAUGUGGUUUUGGGCUGGUUUUUGUCUAAUAAAUGUAUUUUUAUGGCUCAGAA